GGUUCUCUUUUUACACAGACUGCUUUUUUCUUUUCUUUUUCUCUUCUUGGGUCUGAUAAAGAUAGCAGUAUAAUGGAGUUACUGACAUGCUUAGAAUGCUAAGAUUGUUUGAGACUCCCAGAUUCCUCAAAACCCUCAUUUGAAGGAGGGAUGACUCACUGAGUUCAUAACACUGUAGCUUCUGCAAGGCUUUGGCUUCUGUUUUCUGGAUAAUCAUUGAGUGGAGAUGAGGAGAGAAGCAAAGGGUUUGUAUUAUUGGUCUCUGGUAUUUCUGUUUCUGUAUUUUCUGGGCUCUGCAGUUAGUGUGUUGUCCCCUAAAGGUGUGAACUUUGAAGUGCAAGCUUUAAUGGGGAUAAAAGCUGCUCUAAAGGAUCCCCAUGGUGUUCUUGAUAAUUGGGAUGGGGAUGCUGUUGAUCCAUGUAGCUGGACUAUGGUCACUUGUUCUGCAGAGAGUCUGGUUAUUGGACUGGGAACUCCCAGCCAGUAUUUGUCCGGAACUCUUUCUCCAAGCAUUGGGAAUUUGACAAAUCUCCAGAUCAUACUCUUGCAGAGCAACAACAUAACAGGAUCAAUCCCAGUAGAGAUUAAUCGCCUCUCGAAUCUUCACACACUUGAUCUCUCUAAUAACAUCUUCACUGGUGAAAUCCCUCCUUUGGGACAUUUGAAAGGCCUCAAGUACUUGAGGCUCAACAAUAACAGUCUGCGGGGAGAAAUCCCAGCGUCGCUGACAAACAUGACUCAGCUUUCUCUCGUGGAUUUAUCAUACAAUAAUUUGAGUGGACCUGUGCCAAGGUUUCCUUCCAAGACAAUCAACAUUGUUGGAAAUCCUCUUAUAUGCGCCACAGGCUCCGAACCACACUGCCAUGGAACGACGCUGCUGCCUAUGUCAAUGACAUUGAAUGGUUCUGAAGCUGCUCUAACUUCGAGAAAAGAGAAAAACCACAAGCUUGCAAUCGUCUUUGGCUCGAGCCUUGGGUGCAUCUGUGCACUCCUCCUUGGAAUUGGGCUGUUUCUGUGGUCAAGGCAGAGGCAAAAACAGCAAACAUUGUUUGAUGCAAAAGGCCGGGAUCAUGAAGAAAUCUCCCUUGGGAAUUUAAGGAGGUUUCAGUUCAAGCAGCUUCAGACUGCAACCAACAACUUCAGCAGCAAAAACAUCCUGGGAAAAGGCGGUUUUGGGAACGUCUACAAGGGCUAUCUCCCGGAUGGGACUGCAGUGGCCGUGAAGAGACUAAAAGACGGGAGUGCAGCCGGGGGUGAGAAGCAAUUCCAGACCGAAAUCGAGAUGAUCAGCCUCGCUGUGCACAGGAAUCUUCUUAGGUUGUUGGGAUUCUGCAUGACUGCAACCGAAAAGCUUCUGGUUUACCCUUACAUGUCCAAUGGCAGCGUCGCUUCUCGCCUCAAAGUGAAGCCAGUAUUGGACUGGUGCACGAGGAAACGAAUCGCGAUAGGAGCUGCGAGGGGACUAGUAUACCUCCAUGAACAAUGUGAUCCCAAGAUUAUCCACAGGGAUGUGAAGGCUGCAAAUAUACUACUAGAUGACUACUGUGAAGCAGUAGUGGGAGAUUUCGGGCUGGCAAAACUUCUGGAUCACCAAGAUUCUCAUGUUACAACAGCUGUACGAGGAACUGUCGGGCAUAUCGCCCCAGAAUAUCUUUCGACAGGCCAAUCCUCCGAAAAAACAGAUGUUUUCGGCUUUGGAAUCCUCCUGCUGGAACUAAUCACAGGCCUGAGAGCCAUAGAGUUUGGCAAAGCAGCCAACCAGAAAGGCGCCAUGCUCGACUGGGUAAAGAAAAUUCAUCAAGAGAAGCAACUUGAUGCGCUUGUGGACAAGGAUCUGAAGAACAGCUAUGACGGGAUUGAGCUAGAUGAAAUGGUGCGCGUUGCAUUGCUGUGCACCCAAUACGUCCCGGGCCACAGGCCGAAGAUGUCUGAGGUGGUUCGAAUGCUAGAAGGCGACGGGCUUGCAGAGAGCUGGGAAGCAUCCCAGAAAGUAGAGCCCAGUAAGUACAAGAUCCAAGAGCUCUCCUCAUCGGAUCGAUUCUCUGACCUUACAGUCGAUUCAUCGUUGCUUGCACAAGCGAUGGAGCUCUCCGGUCCGAGGUAGAGGGGAAUGUUGUUUCAGUAUACAGCACAAAAUCAAGAAUUGUGAGGAAGGACUGUAUAAGUGUAAGGUUGUUUAGUUUUAAGGUGUAUAGUAAGUAUAUCAUAGUCUUGGAACAUUGAAAGGUUUUGAUGAGGUUUUAUUUUGUUUUUGUUUUUGGUUGUAUAGAUCAGAUCCAUAUUAUAUAUUGAAAAGUUAGAUGAUUUGAAUCUAGAGUUAAAA